UGUACGUUUGAGGUUCUAACCUCAAAAUAUUGCGACAUUAAUUUGCUUAAUAUUCGAUUAUAUUAAAAGUAGUUCGUGUUUAAGUAUAUUGACAAAUUUUGAUAAAAUGAAGUUGGGAUUAAACGUUUUUACUGAAAAUUCAUACGUUUUUCAUUAAGAAAAUGUAUAUAAUUCGUGAACAAGGUCACCACCAACAAACAUGAAUAUUAUUUUGGAAUAAUUAUAAUUUCGAAGGAAAAUUCAGAAAUAUGGAAAUUAAAAUACCUUGGAUUGUGUAUAUUUUUGAUUUUGUGACAUCACGGAAACUUUCAAGAAUGCGUUGAAGCGACCUUGCCUCGUCGAACUUGGACCUCGGGAAUGGAUUCGACCACCCUGCUGGUCCUCCUGAUCGCAUGGAGUUGGACCGUAAAUGGACAGCAGGGGCCGGUCUUUGUCCUGGAGCCCCAGAGCACUCUUAUCUUCUCCAACACAACUGGAUCGCAAUUGAGUUGUUCGGCUCAUGGGAGUCCGACUCCUGAUGUCGUCUGGAUAACCAGUUCAGAUCACAGAUCGGUCAGUGCAGUUCCAGGUCUACGGCAGCUUCUCGGAAACGGAACUCUGUCCUUUCCGGCGUUUUUGCCCCAAGAUUUCCGAGCCGAAGUUCACAAUGCACGCUACAGAUGCAGGGCGACAAAUUCCAUGGGCAGUGUUUUGUCGCGCGAAGUUACUCUUCGAGCCGUGGUAACAGCUCCAGGAUACGAUGUAACGGUGAACAGAUUUCCUGUUGUUGUUGGAAACAAUGCAGUACUUUCUUGUACGGCACGAGAGGAAGUCAAGGAACAUCUGAAAGUUGCCUCCUGGUAUCGAGACGAAGCUAUUCUUUUACCUGGCAAUACCGACACUGGCGGAAGAUUUGUGGUGACAUCGCAGGGUGAUCUUCAUAUCAGAGCAGCUAGAGAAGAGGAUGGAAGAGCUGUGUACUCCUGUCUCACUUGGCACGCAUUAACGGGAGAACGAAGAAAAAGUGAACCAGCAACAUUGACAGUCACAGAGCCAAAGGAUCUCCUGCCACCGAGGCUGAUGCAGCACCCUCAGAUCGCAAUUUCUGCUGAAAGGGAUUCAGAUGUGCAUCUUACUUGCUCAGCACAAGGGAAUCCUCCUCCACAAUUUACCUGGUAUAGGGAUAUAAACGGAAGUUCCGUUCGAGUUGAAUCUUACGGUCGGAUUCAACUUUGGGGAGAUUUGAUGCAAAUUCGCCGUGUAGACGCUCAGGACGCAGGGAGGUAUAUUUGCAAUGCGAGUAAUCAGUUAGGUGUACAACGAGCCGAAACGCACCUUGCUGUUACGUCAAAACUCAAUGCUCGUAUUCAGCCACGACUUCAGGUUAUUAAUUCGGGAGAAAUGGCAGUCAUGAAUUGUACAGUUGAGGGAUAUCCAGUGGAAAGUGUCGAAUGGUUACACGAUGGUGUUCCAAUUUUAACAGCUCAUGAGACGAGAAUUAAGUUAUUGAAUCCUCUGGUUUUACAAAUUAAUUCAGUGGGAAGAAAAGACAAGGGAAUGUAUCAGUGUUUAGUUCGAAGCGAUAAGGAAAAUGCGCAGGCAACCGCUGAAUUAAAAUUAGGAGAUACCGUACCAGAAUUGCAGUAUACUUUUAUCGAGCAGGCUUUGAGGCCUGGCCCUCCGGUUUCCCUUCGAUGUUCAGCGACAGGUUCACCUCCGCCUUCGUUCACCUGGUUUUUGGAUGGCGAGCCAUUGGGCGAAAUAAUGUCCGGUCAUCGAUAUGCUAUCGGACAAUAUGUCGAUCAAUCCGGAGAUGUGAUAAGUCAUCUAAAUAUCACAUCAGCAUCAUCUGAAGAUGGUGGUCUUUAUUCUUGCAUUGCUUCUAAUUCUCUCGCCUCCACGACUCACAAAGCAAGACUCAAUAUUUACGGACAACCUUACAUUCGAUCAAUUGGACCAAUCCGAGCGAUCGCUGGAGUGGAUACUACAAUUGCAUGUCCCUAUUCUGGAUAUCCAAUAACAUCUGUAGAAUGGUCGAGAAAUGGAAUAGGAUUACCUCUCGAUAUUAGACACCGAGUGGACAAUGGACACUUGACUAUCAUCGACGUAGAUCCUCAAGAUGCUGGAAUUUACACUUGCACCGUUCGAGCCAGAAUGGGUCAAACAGCCAGCAGAGAUAUUCAAUUUUUCGUCAGCAGUCCACCAGUUAUGAGCCCAAUUUUCUUUCCUGCGGAUCUUCAGGAAGGUAGUAGAACUCAAGUCUCAUGUAGCAUAACUUCCGGCGACAUGCCGAUUCACUUUUCAUGGCUCAAGGAUGGCGAACCAUUGCCAUCGUCACUUCUCAUUGAGGAAAGGGAGGAAACGUUUUUUCACUUUUUGAUAUUUAAGAAUAUUUCGUCAAGACACAGUGGUAAUUACACGUGUAUUGCGUUGAAUACUGCGGCAAAAGUUAAUCAAACGGCGGAAUUAUUGGUUCGUGUGCCUCCCCAAUGGGUGUUCGAGCCGCAAAAUGUUUCGACACUGUUGGGAAGUCUUCUUGUUGUUCACUGUAAAGCUGACGGCUUUCCACCCCCUACGAUCACAUGGCUGAGAAGUCGAGGUAGAAGUGCAAAUAAUUAUCAACCAUUGAUUGCCGGUCUCGAUGGUCGAUUGACAAUUUUACCGAAUAAUACUUUAUGGACCGCGUCGGCUGAACCACAGGAUGAGGGUCAUUACUUAUGUCGAGCAAAUAACAGUAUUGGAACUGGUCUUAGUAAAGUUAUCUACGUUUCUGUAAAUGAACCAGCGAGAUUUGAAUUUCAAAGCAAGAAUGUCACUAUUCGUCGGGGGGAAUCAGUUACUCUUGAUUGUACCGUGAUUGGUGACGACCCAAUUGAAAUAAAGUGGCUUCAUAAUAACAACCGAAUGAAUACAAAUGGCCACAGACUGAGCGUCAGUCAAGUGAAGACAGAUAAUGGUCUAAAGUCUCAGCUUUCAAUUAGAAGUAGUGAUCGUCAGGAUUCUGGAGUUUAUAGAUGUACUGCCGACAAUGCUUACGGUCGAAGCGAACAUCUCAUUUAUUUUGCAGUUCAAGAAAAACCAGAUCCACCAACGAAUCUCGAAGUAAUAGAAAUUGGUUCGAGAUCGAUUCGACUUUCAUGGAAAAAGGCGUUUGAUGGAAAUACUCCAAUUCAUAAAUACGUUAUUCAAUAUCGCCCGCUUGGUCAUGGAAUCACCGAUGAUUGGGAUCCGUUAAAAGCUCACAAUGUUUCCUUUAGUCCAGGUUUAUUGAGUUUUGAAUCUGCAAUGAAUCCAAAGCAAAAUGGUCUAUCACAUUAUGAGGUGUCAAAUGAAGAUCAAGAAGUUGUUCUGGUUAAUGGAUUGCAUCCUGCAAUUACCUACACUUUUCGAAUUUUUGCCAUCAAUAAUAUCGAUGGAAGUUCGCCGACUGAUCCGGUAGUUGCAAAAACUCAAGAAGAGGCUCCUACUGAACCGCCUCAAAGUAUCAAAGUUAAAUCGGCUGGACCUGGAGAAUUAAUAGUUAGCUGGCAGGCGCCUCCGAAAGAAUCAUGUAAUGGAGAUCUUUUGGGCUACAUAAUAACGUGGUCAGAGCAUUCGACCUCGACAUCGGGUGUUAAUCAAAGUAAAAGUUUGACUGUGAAUGGUUGGGCAACAACAAAAGUUCAAUUAACAGGUUUAAGAAAUUAUACAAAGUAUGACAUCUCCAUUAGGGCUUUUAAUAGUAUCGCGAGUGGACCGGCAAGUGUUCCUGUCGUUGGAACGACACAAGAAGGAGUGCCAGGCGCUCCGCCAACUCAAGUCACUUGUAACCCACUUUCGUCACAAAGUAUUAAGGUUUCUUGGCAUCCUCCGCCUUCUCAUCAACACGGAGGUGUCAUUCAAGGAUAUAAAGUUUACUACAGGCCGGUGCCUACCGAAAAUAUGGAGAUAUCGACUGUUGGUGAAGUUAAAAAGAUCUUGGGUGUUGAAACGUACCUGCACACUUUAUACAAAUAUACAAAUUAUUCAAUUAGAGUCUUAGCUUACACAAGUGCCGGAGAUGGAGUUCUUAGUCCUUCAAUUUAUUGCGCUACUGAAGAAGAUGUUCCAGGACCACCUGCGGGAAUAAAAGCUCUAUCUCUUACAGUGGAGAGUAUUUUAGUUUCGUGGUUACCACCAUUGCAGCCAAAUGGAAAAGUUUUAGAAUACACGGUUUACAGUAGAGAGGCUGGUUCACCACGACAAAAUAGUCAAGUUAUGCAUGAAUCGCCUCUGUCUUCGACUGACACUCUUACAAUGGAAUUGCGUGGCUUAAACGAACGGCAAUUGUAUGAAUUUUGGGUAUCGGCGACAACAAAGCUUGGUGAAGGUGAAUCGACAACAAUCGUGACACAAACGACAAAUACAAAAGCUCCAGCGAGAGUAGCUUCUUUUUCUCAAAUUUUGCGAAGACCUGUUAAGUCAUCGGUUGUUUUGUCCUGUCUUGUGGUUGGAAAUCCGACACCUCGACCCAACUGGACCUACAAAAAUAAUCAAGUUUCUUCUGGAAGGCACUACGAAAUAACAGCUGAUGGUCAUCUCAAUAUCCACGGCCUAGAUCAGUCAGUUGCUGGAAAUUAUACUUGCUCAGUGAAUAAUUUAUUUGGAGAUGAUUCUAUAACAUACACCUUAAUUGUUGUAAUGCCACCGAGAGCACCAAUUCUUGAACUUCAAUACACAACGACAGAUAGCAUCAAACUUUGUUGGAAUCAUCCUGAUAAUGGUGGCGCGACUAUACAAGGAUAUGUUUUAAGUUACAAACGGGAUCAAGGAGGAUGGGAGGAAAUGACCCUAUCUCCCGAACACACGGAAUUGACAUUAAGUGGUCUAAAGUGUGGAUCAUUUUAUCAUGCUCAUUUAACUGCCUACAAUCGAGUCGGAACUGGAGAUCCAAGUCCGUUGAUUAGUGCCACAACGAAAGGAACAGCGCCUCUUUUGCCGAGAGAACGUGACAUUGUGUCAGCGAAUUCAACAUCGGUGCGUUUAAAUUUAUCGGCCUGGCCAAAUGGAGAAUGUUUAAUUCAUUUUUACACUGUUGAAUAUCGAAGACGAAUAGGAACUGAACCGUGGAUUUUAGUUGCUAAUAGGGCAACUGAAAAUUUGUUAAUUAGAGAUUUGAAACCGGCGUCUUGGUAUAGUUUACGUUUCACUGCGCACAACGAUGCGGGCUCAACUCAAACACAAAUGGAAUUCGCUACAACAACUCUCAGCGGAAUCAGCAUUGGUCCUCCGAAUGAUUUAAUCAUGGACGAUGAUACCGUCAAGGGAAUACCCAGUUAUAAACUCCUUUACAUUGUUGUACCACUUAUUUGCGCAAUUGUUCUCAUUAUCUCUGCCGUUGUUCUGGGAUACGUCAUGUUUAAGCGUGCAAGGUCAAGCUACCUAGGAGACAUGUUACAAGGUCAACCGCAACCACCUGGUCUGGGAUUAAAUCAAAGUCAUCAAUCGCAUCAUCAUUUGUCAAAUUGCAUGUCUACUGUUCAAUUGAAAUCCACUGCUGAAAGGGACAACAGAAGAAAUCAUCAAGUUUACACCAGUUCGCCUGUCAAGCAAGAUAAUCACAAAUCAAACGAUCAUGGUUCAGAAAUGUACGAGAUUAGUCCUUAUGCGACGUUCAGCGUUCCUGGAAGGGACAAUCGAUCGGUGACAACGGCGACUUUGGAUUACACGAUGCAGUUUAAGACGUUUGGUCAUUUGGAGAACGAGGACAUCAAUGCGAUUGAUUAUGAGAGAUCGAGCGUGGAUUUUGAAAGGUCGAAAACGCCAAGGUGGCAUAAGCAAAGGUACUUUCCAAGCAUCGCUGAGGCCGAGAGCAAACUCCGUUCUAGUCGACAGGGUUCCGGUAGCGAUACUUCCGGAAGCCCGUGCGGUGAAUGCGCUGGACCAAGUUAUCGUGUUCCUGUUAAGCCUUGCAGGGAUAUUUUCUCGCGAGGCGUUGAGUCAAGUACAGAAUCUAAUAAUGAAGGUUCUCCGUCACUAGCGAGAAGACGAAAUAGACAGAUGAGCAGGUCCACUCGCAGUUCGGUAGAGGACAUGACGCUGCUGCCACCAACUGGAUUCAGCGACAGUCGCGAAUUGAGCGAGGCGGAAUGUGAUCGUGAUCGCGAUCGUGGACGAGGACGAGAUUGGCAAAGUUUAUCAAUCGCUACCCGUCAUGGUGGCAGCCUUGGACGACUUCCUAUCGAAGCUGUUGAAACAAUGCUUGCAAGGAAUUUGAAUUCAGGUAUCAACAGAGGAAGGAGCAGGAGAGGCAAGAAUUCACUAUUCACGUUUGAUAAGGACGAAAAUUUAUUCAUUCCAAAUCAUCGUUGAGCAAUUACAAUGACGAGCUUAGGCGAAAUAAAAUUAAUUAAGUCGUCUUCACGAACAAUUGUCCAGAGGUCUAGAGCUUUUCUAAAAAUAUGUGGAAUUGGUUGAAAUCCAGCUUCAUGUGCCAAUGAAUCAAAAAGAUCAUAUUGAGAAAGAAACAAUCGGAGUUUAUAUUAUGGAAAAACGCAAAUACUUACUUGAGAUCAUUAUCGCGAUCAGCGCGAUCCAAAAUGAGCCAAAGUAAAUCGAAACGUGACAAAAGUGCGGGUGGCAGUUGAAUAUUUUGUUCAACUGUUCUCUUCGUAUUAUAGCGGCCAUAAGCUGGAUUGGCAGCCGCUAAAA